AAGGCUGAGCCUCUGCAACACCAAAAUGACCUCUGCUGCUCUCCAAGGUUACCAAAAUUUUCCAGAGAGCAGGGAAUUGAGAAGCAGACCCUAACUCGCCCAAAGUAAGAAAAUUGAAUUAAACAAAAAAAAAAAAAAGAGGAACAAUGGUGAAGGUGCGCAUGAACACGGCCGAUGUGGCCGCCGAAGUCAAGUGCUUGCGAAGAUUGAUCGGCAUGCGUUGUUCCAACGUCUACGAUCUCUCUCCCAAGACAUAUAUAUUCAAGUUGAUGAAUAGCAGCGGCAUUACUGAGUCGGGAGAGAGCGAGAAAGUUUUGUUGUUAAUGGAGAGCGGCGUCCGUUUACAUACCACUGCUUAUGUUCGGGACAAGAGCAACACUCCUUCUGGCUUUACUCUCAAAUUAAGAAAGCAUAUUCGAACUAGAAGGCUUGAAGAUGUUCGGCAGCUCGGUUAUGAUAGGAUAAUUCUUUUCCAAUUCGGGUUAGGCAGUAAUGCUCAUUAUGUAAUCUUGGAAUUGUACGCACAAGGAAACAUUCUCCUUACUGAUUCUGAAUUCACUGUCUUGACUCUUCUUCGUUCCCAUAGGGAUGAUGAUAAAGGGUUUGCAAUCAUGUCACGCCAUCAUUAUCCUACUGAGAUCUGCCGGGUUUUUGAGCGAACUACCAUCUCAAAGCUGCGGACAGCCCUCACUUUUUCUAGUGAACCUGAUGAGAAUGAAGCUACUAGGGUUAUUGAAGCUGGGAAUUGUUUGCCUGACGCACCAAAAGGAAAAGAAAAAGAAAAAGAAAAGAAGGGUAGUCAAAAGACUGGGAAACCUUCUGAGCCAAACAAAAGUGCCAAUGAUAAUGCUCGUGCUAAACCGGCAACAUUGAAGAAUGUUCUUGGGGAGGCAUUGGGUUAUGGUCCUGCACUCUCUGAGCAUAUUAUUUUAGAUGCUGGCCUGGUUCCAAAUACAAAAGUUACUAAAGAUAACAAGUUAGAUGAUGAUAAAAUUCAAGUUUUGGCCCAAGCUGUUGCAAAAUUUGAGGACUGGCUACAGGAUGUUAUAUCGGGUGACAUGGUUCCUGAAGGAUAUAUUUUAAUGCAGAAAAAGAAUCCAGGAAAAGAUGGCUCCCACUCUGAAGGAACUACUGGCCAGAUAUAUGAUGAAUUCUGCCCUAUUCUAUUGAAUCAGUUCAAGUCAAGAGAGUUUGUGAAUUUUGAAAUGUUUGAUGCAGCUUUGGAUGAGUUCUACAGCAAAAUUGAGAGCCAGAGGGCUGAGCAACAGCAAAAGACCAAGGAGAGCUCUGCCAGUCAGAAAUUAAACAAGAUUCGCUUGGAUCAGGAAAAUCGUGUUCAUAUGCUGAAGAAAGAAGUUGAUAAUUGUGUCCGAAUGGCAGAAUUGAUAGAGUACAACCUAGAAGAUGUUGAUGCUGCCAUAAUAGCUGUUCGUGUAGCUCUUGCAAAGGGUAUGAAUUGGGAGGAUCUUGCUCGUAUGGUAAAGGAAGAGAAGAAAUCUGGAAAUCCUGUGGCCGGCCUAAUCGACCAACUGCAUCUUGAAAAGAAUUGCAUGACAUUGCUACUGAGCAACAAUCUUGAUGAAAUGGAUGAUGAUGAAAAGACACUCCCGGUGGAUAAGGUUGAAGUUGAUUUGGCGCUUUCAGCUCAUGCCAAUGCUCGACGGUGGUAUGAAAUGAAGAAAAAGCAAGAGAGCAAACAGGAAAAGACUAUCACAGCACAUGAGAAGGCUUUUAAGGCAGCUGAGAGAAAGACUCGUCUUCAGCUUUCACAGGAAAAAACUGUUGCAACAAUUUCGCAUAUGCGCAAAGUUCAUUGGUUUGAGAAAUUUAAUUGGUUCAUCAGCAGCGAAAACUAUUUAGUUAUUAGUGGACGUGAUGCUCAACAGAAUGAGAUUAUUGUCAAGAGAUAUAUGUCAAAAGGGGAUCUGUAUGUCCAUGCUGAUUUGCAUGGGGCUUCUAGUACAAUAAUCAAGAAUCACAGGCCAGAACAGCCAGUACCACCUCUCACUUUAAACCAAGCAGGAUGUUUCACAGUUUGUCAUAGCCAGGCAUGGGAUUCAAAGAUUGUUACCAGUGCUUGGUGGGUUUAUCCCCAUCAGGUAAGUAAAACUGCUCCUACAGGGGAAUAUCUUACUGUGGGGAGUUUCAUGAUACGUGGGAAGAAGAACUUUCUUCCUCCACAUCCUCUUAUAAUGGGAUUUGGAUUAUUGUUUCGCUUGGAUGAGAGCUCCUUGGGAUCGCAUUUAAAUGAAAGGAGGGUGAGGGGUGAGGAGGAAGGGAUAAAUGAUGUUGAAGAAAGUGGUCAUCCCAUAGAAAAUUCUGAGUCAGAAUCAGAGAAAGGUGGUGAAGCAACUGAUGUGCCUGAAUUAGCGGUUGAGAACAGUGCUAGCUUGAAUGAUGUUGGACAUGCAGAUAUAUCUGACAUUGUUGACAGUGGUAUUGCCUCUGUGAGUCCCCAACUUGAGGAUCUCCUUGAUCGCACUCUAGUGCUUGGAUCUGCUAGUCUCUUGGGUAAAAAUUCUGUUCUGGAAACAUCUCAAAAUGAUUUGGCAGAGGAAGAUUACCAUGAAGAGAAGAAUGCUGCAAUUGGGGAUAAGCCUUAUAUUUCAAAAGCUGAAAAAAGAAAGCUCAAGAAAGGACCAAGCAGUACCGCUGCCAAUGCUAAUAUUGAGAAGGGAAAUGAGAAGGCAAAAGAGAAUGAUAAUGGAGUACCUGAAAAUAAUGUGCAAAAUAAGAAAUCAGGUGGUGGAAAAAUAAGCCGUGGGCAGAGAGGCAAACUCAAGAAAAUAAAGAAGUAUGCUGAUCAGGAUGAGGAAGAGAGGACCAUUCGGAUGGCGUUACUGGCUUCUUCUGGGAAAAGUAACAAAAAUGAUGGAGGGUCAGAUGAUGGAAACACUAUUGCCAGCAACAACCAGAAACCCAAUGCUAAUGGUUCUCAAGAUGCUCCAAAAGUAUGUUAUAAAUGUAAAAGGGUAGGCCACCUUUCCCGGGAAUGUCCUGAACAUCCCGAUGAUACUUUGCAUCAUGCUACUGUAGUUGGAGAUGAUCGCCGUGCAGGUUUGGAUGAUAAUAAUGAGUUGGACAGAGUGGCCAUGGAGGAAGACGAUGUCCAUGAGAUAGGUGAAGAAGAUAAAGGGAGAUUAAAUGAUGUGGAUUACUUGACAGGGAAUCCUCUGCCCAGUGACAUUCUGUUAUAUGCUGUGCCUGUCUGUGGUCCUUAUAGUGCAGUGCAAUCAUAUAAAUACCGCGUAAAGAUAAUUCCCGGCAAUGCAAAGAAAGGAAAAGCUGCAAAGACUGCAAUGAAUCUGUUUAGCCACAUGCCAGAAGCAAGUAACAGGGAGAAGGAAUUGAUGAAAGCAUGCACAGAUCCAGAGCUAGUUGCUGCAAUUAUCGGCAAUGUGAAGAUCACAGCUGCUGGUCUUACUCAAUUGAAACAGAAGCAAAAGAAAGGCAAGAAAAGCAACAAAGGAGAAAGCUAGGCAGUGUAGUAGAAGACAGGACUAACGAAAUCAAUCAUUGUCUUGUACUUUUCUUUUUGCAUGUACCCGAAAAUUUUUGGUUUAUACUUUUUCUCAGUUGGAUUUGCAGUGAUGGAUGAUCAUCAAAGGGGGCUAUGCAAAAAAUAAAUAAAGAAUCUUCUGCUUCAGGAA